AUGGCUCCGGUCAGCAUCAACCAGCUGCCAGAGGACACGCUGCUGGAGCUGCUCACCCACGUGCCUGCCCGGCAACUGCUUCGGAACUGCCGCCUGGUCUGUACCCUCUGGCGUGACGUCAUUGACUCCGUGACCCUCUGGAAGCGCAAGAGCCUACAGGAUGGCUUCAUCACUAAGGACUGGGACGAGCCCGUGGCCGACUGGAAGAUCUUCUAUUUCCUUUGCAGCCUUCGAAGGAACCUCCUGCUCAACCCUUGUGCUGAAGAGGAUUUGAGAUUCUGGCGGAUUGACUCCAAUGGAGGUGACGAGUGGAAGGUAGAAAGCCUACCUGGAGAUCUUGGGACAGAUCUGCCCGACCCCAAAGUUAAGAAGUACUUUGUCACAUCUUACAACAUGUGCCUCAAGUCCCAGCUGGUGGACCUCAAGGCUGAGGGCUACUGGGAAGAGCUGCUGGACACAUUCCGACCUGACAUUGUAGUUAAAGACUGGUUCGCAGCCAGAGCUGACUGUGGCUGUUCCUAUCACCUUCGAGUGCAUCUGACCUCAGCCGACUACAUUGUCUUGGCCUCCUUUGAGCCACCACCUGUGGUCAUCCACCAGUGGAAUGAUGCCAAGUGGACAGAGGUCUCCUACACCUUUUCAAACUACCCUCCAGGCGUCCGCCACAUCCUCUUCCAGCAUGGGGGCCACGACACCCAGUUCUGGGCAGGCUGGUAUGGGCCCCGUGUCACUAACAGCAGCAUCGUCGUCAGCCAUAAGAUGAUGAGCCCAGACUCGGGCUCACCGACAACAACUCAGCCUGAAGAUGAGGCGGGUGGGAGAUAG